CCAUGGAGGAAGGAAUAAAUGCAAGAUGGCUCCUCAUAUAAGAACAGUCUUCUCGGUAGCCUUCAGCGAGCAACAAAAUAACUCUCUAAUCCUUAUUAGAUUAAAAUUUUUAUCCGCGAAGAGUUCUGAAGGGUAAACCGGGCUCUGGCUUGGCGACGUUAGACCUCGUUUUGCGCGGACACAGAGCGCAGGGACAGCGGGGACGGGCUUUGAGGACAUGGUUGUGAGAGCUCGGAGUGAACCGUUGGAUUAAGUGAGGAUCACGGAGCCCCGGCAGGGCCUGAGUUAGCCUGCUAGCAGCUAACCAGCUAAUGACUUCGCCUGCUGUCUCCUGCCGCGUCGGAACCUCCGGAGAGAAGAAGGGAUACAACUAGUGUUGGAUGUGGGAAGUUGGAGCUCCUGUAACGAACGACGAUGGCCGUGUCAAGACUGGACCGUUUGUUUAUUUUGCUCGACACCGGAACAACGCCAGUGACCAGGAAAGCGGCGGCCCAGCAGCUUGGAGAAGUGGUGAAACUACAUCCACAUGAACUCAAUAACCUUUUGACAAAGGUGCUGGCCUAUCUACGGAGUCCCAGCUGGGACACUCGAAUAGCAGCCGGCCAGGCCGUGGAGGCCAUCGUGAGAAAUAUUCCUGAGUGGAACCCGGCUCCAAAGCCAAAGGAAGAGUCCCGUGACGACCUGUCUCCGGAGGACUCGUCCUGCGACCGCCUGAAUUUCUACCAUUUCGACAUCUCCCGCCUGCUCAGACACGGAGCCUCGUUGCUCGGAUCCGCGGGAGCCGAGUUUGAGCUGCAGGACGACAAAACCGGUGAGAUGGAUCCCAAGGAGCGUCUUGCCCGCCAGAGGAAGCUGCUGCAGAAGAAGCUGGGCCUGGAUAUGGGCGCCGCUAUCGGAAUGGACACGGACGAGCUGUUCAACGACGAGGACCUGGACUAUUCAUGCCAUCCAAGCAGCUUUAAAGCUCCAGGCUACAAAGCUGCUGCUGGCUGCAGCUCGCGCAACCAUGUGACCAUUCAGGCGGCCGAACUGAUCGACUCGGAGUUCCGGCCUGGUAUGAGCAGCCGGCAGAAGAACAAAGCCAAAAGAAUGGCCAAACUAGUGGCGAAGCACAAAUCCAGAGACGCGGAUCCCAACGAGAAGAGCAACGACGGCUGCGAAGGCGAACCCGAGGAGAAGCGGAGAAAAACGACCAACGUGGUCAUUGACCAGCCAGCAACAGAACACAAGGUCUUAAUUGACAACGUCCCAGAUAACUCGGGUCUCUUAGAGGAGUCUCAUGAGUGGCCUCUGGAGAGCUUCUGUGAGGAGCUUUGUAACGACCUCUUCAAUCCAUCUUGGGAGGUCCGUCAUGGUGCGGGCACAGGACUCAGGGAAAUCCUGAAGUCUCACGGCGCUGGAGGUGGGAAGCUGGUUGGAAGCACUGCACAACAGAUGCUGCGGCAGCAUCAGGAGUGGAUAGAGGACCUGGUGAUCCGUCUCCUCUGCGUCUUCGCUUUGGACCGCUUUGGGGACUUUGUUUCUGACGAGGUGGUGGCUCCUGUCAGAGAAACGUGUGCGCAGACGCUCGGCGUGGCUCUCCUUCACAUGAGUGAGAGCAGCGUUUCCAUGACAGUAGACGUCCUCCUGAAGCUGCUGAAGGAGGACCAAUGGGAGGUCCGGCACGGAGGCCUUCUGGGCAUCAAAUAUGCCUUGGCUGUCCGACAGGAUCUGAUCUCUGUGCUGCUCCCCCGGGUGCUGCCUGCAAUAACCGAGGGUCUACAGGACCUGGAUGACGACGUCAGGGCUGUGGCUGCUGCUGCUCUCAUUCCAGUGGUGGAAGGCUUGGUCCAGCUACUGCCCAACAAGGUACCUUUUAUUGUGAACACCCUGUGGGAUGCCCUGCUGGACUUGGACGAUCUCACCGCUUCCACCAACAGCAUCAUGACUCUGUUGUCUCUGCUGCUGACCUUUCCUCACGUCCGGCAGUGCAGCAUUGAGCAGUCUCUCACUGUCCUGGUUCCUCGAGUCUGGCCGUUCUUGAGACACACCAUAUCCUCAGUAAGAAAGGCGGCGCUGGAAACUCUUUACACGCUGCUGUCCAAAGCUGAAGAGAGUUGUGCGGUCUGGAUAAACCCCAUAUUACAAGAUAUGUUGCGACACAUCUUCCAGUCCGCCAUACUGGAGAGCAACGAGGAAAUCCUCGAACUGAUUCAAAAGGUGUGGAUGGAGCUGCUGUCUCAGGUGCCCCAGCAGUUCGUGGUUUCAGCCAGCUGUCCAUGGAUGGGUGCCUGGCUCUGUCUGAUGAUGCAGGCCUCUCACAUCCCUAUAGACCUGAACAUGCUGCUGGAGGUGAAAGCCCGCUCCAAGGAUAAGACCGGCCUGAAGGCGCGACAAGGCUGCAAUCAAGUGAAGGAAACGGUGAAGCAGUACAUCGCCGGGGCCGAGACCGUAGCCGACCGAUCCCUGACCAGAUUACUGGUGUUCCGUGCCCGACUCAUGGCGGCCAAGUUGCUGGGAGCUCUGUGCCGGUGCAUCUGCGACCCUCAGCUCAACGCUGCGUCCCAGGAGAUCCGGCCAGCCGAGUCUCUGGGCCAGCUGCUGCUCUUCCACCUCAACUCCAUCGCCCUGCAGCGGGUCGCCGUGGCGCUGGUCCUUUGUGAGUGGGCUGCGCUGCAGAAGGAUUGCCAGGUGGUGUCGGCCAUGGUGCAGCCCCGGCUUUGGCUGUUCUCAACCGAGCAGCUGUACUACGACAGAAUCUAUCCCUUCACGCGCAUGCAGAACGAAUGCAAGCAGCUCAUCGCGCUGCUCGCCGAAGUUCACGUGGACCUCCAGGAACCGCCUCAAGCUGCAGCGUUUUUCACCAUAGACCAAGCCAACGAGCUGGCCCUGAACCCUGCAUGA